UUUGAACGCGGCAUCAGUCUAUGCGUGACGCUAACAACUUUUCACUUUUCUCGAAAUGCAUAGUACGACCAUACUUCAGUGGUGACGACCUUAUUUUGAACAAACCGACAACCCGAUAUAGAGGAACAUGGCGGACUGGGAGAUCUGUGGACUGGGAGAUCUGUGGACUGGGAGAUCUGUGGACCGGGAGAUCUGUGGACCGGGAGAUCUGUGGACCGGGAGAUCUGUGGACCGGGAGAUCUGUGGACCGGGAGAUCUGUGGACCGGGAGAUCUGUGGACCGGGAGAUCUGUGGACCGGGAGAUCUGUGGACCGGGAGAUCUGUGGCUAAAUCAAGUGCGACCUACUGCGCUGACCAAUUUGAUAGCUCACCUUGCCUACAGCUUCCCCAGCCACAGAAAAGUUUGUAGCCUAAUAUUGUCAUGGAGGGAACACCCGUGGAGGUGCUUGGCGUCCCCGACGAUAUCCUUGCCUCUGUUAGAAUGGUUGACAAGCUCACAAUACACUUCCAACGACCAGGGAACGGGGGAGGAGAGGUAAAGAGAGUACAGUUUCUAUCCUACAGCCCAGGACAGGCCUUUGUCAUGUUUGAGGAUCCAGAAGUGGCUGCACGUGUGUUGCAGCGGAUCCAUGUCUUAGAAGUGGAUGGACAACACUUUCCUCUUAAAUUCAGGAACGCUGACACGCCUGAGGUGGACGUGCCAGUCAAGGCCGAUCUGGAUGUGAGCAUGUUCUCCAAGGACAGCGAGGAGGUGCUCCAGCCUGUGAACGAGAUUCCCCAGCUACCCAUUCAGGGCUCCUUUCAGAAGUUCACUGCAGUGAAGGCCCAACUGCAGCAGGUCUUACCCCAGGACACAAACACCCUGCGCCACAGCAGCCCUUCGCCAUCCAGUCUCAAUAGCCAGCCUCUGGGGCCAUUUCCAAAUCCUCAAUCCGCUGCAACCCAUUUCCCAGCCCGCAAGCAACAGGGUAUGUUGGGGACAACUUGACCCAUAUGAGGAACACAUCCCCCAAACCAGUGGAACCCAUCUCCCAGACCCCAUCUUGCAGUGAGGUCUUCUUCAUAACGGACGCAGAUGUGCUCCGUUAUGCCCAGUGCGUCAGGAAAAAGGACAUUGAUUCCAUUCUUGGAGGCCACACAACUCAAAUGGAUGUUAAGCCAGCUGAAGGUUCAGACCUCUGCUAUGUUUUCCUUGAAGGGAAGAGUCCAGAGCGGGUUAUGGAAAAGCUGCAGGUUUUUCUCAACAAGCUUAAUUUAAGACUACGAACUCAAGAAAUCCCACUAUGGACACUCGAUCGCGACCGACAGGUUAGAAUUCAUGAACUGGUUCAGAAGUAUAAUAUAAUUUAUCCUACUGUCCUCGUCAAUCAUGCUGGAGAUCUCCUCCGCCUUGUAGGACCUUCCAAGGAAAGUUAUGAGAUGAAGCAGAGGCUCCUGGGAAAACCCAUAGACCUGCUACCAGCUGGGCUAACUGGGAGGGUAGUGGACAGGAGUAUCCAUGGUGCUCCCAUCCCAUGGGCUCCUGGCCCCGUACCUGACCCUGUGUCUGCUACUGCACCAGAUUACUAGUAAAUUAACUACAUUUUGCAGUAGCUUGGUGAUAGUGGAACUAAAUUCAAAUCUAGAUAGUGUUUGCAGUAGUUCAUUACUUGUUGUCAUGUAGCAGUGUAGCUAACUACUGGAACUACACACGACGUUUUAGCCGUGUAGCCAACUACUGGAACUACACACGACGUUUUAGCCGUGUAGCCAACUACUGGAACUACACACUACGUUUUAGCCGUGUAGCCAACUACUGGAACUACACACUACGUUUUAGCCGUGUAGCCAACUAUUGUAACUACACACUACGUUUUAGCCGUGUAGCCAACUACUGGAACUACACACUACAUUUUUGGCUAAAAUAAGAUGAGUGAAGUAGGCCAUCAUUUCCAUUUUUGGGCAUCAGACCAACCCGUUUCUCACUUGAAACAUCGUUUUUGUGUUUAGGCUAAAUAUUAACAGAAUGUGUAAUAUGACCCUAAAGUGAUCUCUUCUUGCAAUUUGUAGUCUGACAUUUCAGAUUUAGAUAUGAUCUGUUUUCACAAAGUAGUUUGGAUGUAGUGAACUACUUUUCAAAAUAACUGUAGUUAAGUAAACUAUUUUUCUUAACUUCUUCCAGUGUGAGGUAACUGGUAGCUUGCUAAACUGUCUUUUCUGAUUAGUUUUCCCAACACAGAAAAAUACCAGGGUGAGCCUGGCUCCCGUUCAUCCCAGGCAAAUCUAAUCUCUCUCCUGGUACCCAAAUGGUGGAACAAGCAUCCAGUUCCCCCUAAAAUCAGGACACUGCCCAUCUUCUGAAAACCCACCUCUUCAGUAUCUUUAACUAACACCCUUGUUGACACUGGUACUACCACUACUCUUUUCUUACUAGCUUUGAUCAUUUAAUGAGGAAAAAUGUACUGACUAUGACGGUGAUAUGUGGUUGUCUCACCUACCUAUCUUUAAGAUGGACGUUUGUGCAGUGACUCUGGAUAAGAGUGUCUGCUGAAUGACAAAAAUGUAAUGUUUAAUGAACAUGGAAGGGUUGUAACAAGGGGCUACAGUAGGCGCUGUGCCCUCUACACCCAGUAGUCACUCUGAUUCCCCGGCUAAAAUAAAAGAGCAUAGAGUUACACGGGAGGUCUUGAGGCCAGUAAGGGCAGAUGAUGUGUUUGGUGCCCUCUGCUGGAACUCAAAUGCCAGUGUUGAAAAAUAAGUCAUUACUUCCAGAAAGUCCUACUAACACAAUAGAAUGGAAGAAUGUGCUUUCAAGCAAGAAGAAGCCCCUAACAGGUUACUAGUUUAGACGGAGACACCUGUAAUGAAAGUGGCUUGUUCUGUUUAUUUUAUAAUAUGCUGUGGGGUAAAAAUGUUCAAUUCACACAUAUACACAUUUUGUUUUGUAAGGUUUUUUCUUCUUGGACUAAUUGAUUUCUGUAUUUUCUAAUGUUUUCUUUCUCGUGAUACGAAUCUAUUCUAAAUGUGGUUUAUUUUUGUUUUGAGGGAUUGAGGGCAAUAAAAAUAUAUUAUAUUUGUGUAAAUGUAUCCUUUAACUAUAUGCUGAUGCAAAGGUUGGUAACUAUACUCUAGGGGUGGACUUUGUUAAUCUACUGUAUCUGUUUUGAUUAUGUGGAGAAAUUAUUUCGAGAUGAUCUCAUCUUUUUUUUGUUUGGAAACUGUUCCUG